AUGAGUUCCAAGCGUGGCCUGGCGGUUGGCAGCAGCCGAAGCAAUGGGAAGCGCACGGUGCAUCAGCGCGCAAGCCGCAGCCGAAGUCGAGGCACAGAGAAGCGCCAGGGACACAAAGAGAAAAAGGAGAAGGCGGUGAAUCGCGCGCAGUAUGAGUUUGCUUGGAUGGAUUCCGAGGAAGAGACUGAGGAUCAUGCGGAUAAGAAGGCUUCACGAUCAUCCUCCUCGUGCAAGGUGAAGAAGAAGGAGAGACCUUUGCGAAUAGAGGAGGCGCAAUCGCUGGGCCAGAUGGCAAAACUGGCGCCACACCUGCAACGACGGAUGGAGCGCGGCGAGAUGCGUUCCAAGGAGCUCUGCGAGGUGGUUGCUGCCUUGCUGCGCUCAAAGUUUUUUGACGGUGGAUUGUUUGAAGUGCUGGCAGCCGAGCUGAGACGGGCGUUCCUUCGCAGAUCGCUGGGCCUAGAUGAGAUUAUUACAACAAUUGCAGCGCUUGCAGACCUCAAUGCCUACAAUCAAGGAGUGUUUGAGGCAGCUUGUGAAUCUAUCGAGAGGGAGGUUUCUCGAGCACCAGAGGUCCUGAAGCAAAAGCUGGAUUACACGUUGAAGCAGGUGAAGCAUACGCCUUCCGACGGCUUUUUGCGGGCGUUGAGGACAAGCGCUGCUGGUGGCCGUGACAAAAGGGAAGCCUGUCCCAUGUUUUGGCGUGGGCAAUGCAAGUGGGGACCAAAAUGCAAGCUAUCGCAUGACGACAGCUCCUUUGAGACCACAGUGGACAGAGGUUUUUGGAAGCCACCCAGCAUGAGCGGUGGAAAGAGUGUGGGCUUUAAGCAGUCCUCGGACCUCUUCAAGGCUGAUAGGUGUGGCGCGCUGUGGUGA